CCAAAUCAAAGUGGAUUGUAUCACAGUAAACACAACUCCAGUAAAAGCUGUGAUCGAUGACCAUGUCCAGCAUUUGUUUGAUGCCUUGCUGAACUCCCUCCGCAAGUCUAUUACCAAUGACAUUGGGCAGAUUGAUGGCUUUGUCACCAGUGCCACCGAUACACUCUCCCAGAGACCUCAGACAGUGGAGGAGAUUGGGCAGGCUAAUUCCAAGCAUGCAGAGUUUAUUGUCACCAAGAAGGAGGUAAAACCAUUGUUUGAGAAAGCUGAGAGCAAGAACAAGUUACUCCGUUCUGUGGCUGGUGCAGGUGUGGACUCUCUCACCCAGUUACAGAGCAGGUGGGACAAGUUUGAGAUCAUGAUGGAGUCUCAUCAGCUCAUGGUCAAAGAACAGGUGGAUGUGAUGAAGAGUAAUGUUCAGGGGCGGGUGAAAGCCUUCCAACAGGAAGUGGAGAAGUUCUCUGCCAGGUGGCACCAGCUGAAACCUGGCGAUGAUGCUCUGGAGGGAGAUGAAGCCACCUGCAAGAAAGCGGUGGCCAUCAUUAAAGAGAAGCGUCAGGAGUACCAGGAGCUAGAGGAGACCAUGAAUAAACUUAUCUCUGACUGCAACCACUUUGAUCUGGAAAAUCCAGACUUUAGCACCAUGACAGAGUUGAAGGAGGACAUGACGCGUUAUGAACACAUGUGGUCACUUUACGAGGAGUUCAACAACGAUUUACACAACCUGGCAAAGGAGGACUGGAUCUCAUUCAGGUCAAGGUCAUAUCUAUUUGAGGAGUUCCUGGUUGGUUGGUACGAGAAGUUGAAGACAAGGGACACUACCACAAUGACUGUCAAAAUUCAGAAGGACAUUGAGACAUACAAGAAUGUUCUGCCCGUGCUAAAGUGGGUGCGAGGUGAGCCACUGUCACAAGAUCACUGGUUGGAAAUGUUCCGUCUGCUGCAAAUGCCAAGGGGGACAACUUUAGAGAAGCUCACUUUUGGCCAGAUUUUGGCUGCCAGUGGACACAUCAUCAAGAAUGCGGAUGCCAUCAAGGAACUGAAUCACAGAGCCCAGGGGGAGGUAACCAUCCGAGAAGCCAUCAGAGAGUUGGAUUUGUGGGGUGCAGGUGCUGUAUUUGCUCUAACGGAGUAUGAGGACAGCAAGAAAACUAAAAUGAACAUCAUCAAAGACUGGAAGGACCUUGUCAGUCAGGUUGGUGACAACAAGUGCCUUCUGCAGUCCCUGAAGGACUCUCCCUACUACAAGAGUUUUGAGGACAAAGCCAGCGUGUGGGAGCAGCGGCUUGCAGACCUGGAUGAGUAUUUGCAUAACCUCAACCAGAUUCAGCGCAAGUGGGUUUACCUAGAGCCUAUCUUUGGCCAUGGUGCUCUGCCCAAGGAGCAAAGUCGCUUUAAACGUGUGGAUGAUGAUUUCAGAUCCAUUAUGAGAGAUGUGAGCAGAGAUAACAGGGUGCUAUCCCUGGCCAGCCAGUCUGGGCUGAGAAAUUUGCUGAUGACCAUGCUUGACCAACUACAGAGAUGUCAGAAGUCACUCAAUGAAUUCCUAGAGGAAAAGCGCUCUCAGUUCCCUCGGUUCUACUUCAUUGGAGAUGAUGACCUCCUUGAGAUCCUUGGCCAGGCUACAAACCCCACCGUUAUCCAGUCCCACUUGAAGAAGCUGUUUGCUGGCAUCCACUCGGUGGAGUUUGAUGAUGAUUGUAGCCAUAUUGUAGCCAUGAAGUCUCAGGAUGGGGAAGUUGUGUCCUUGAAGAGGAAAGUCAAAAUCACACCAGAUGUCGAGAUCUGGCUGGGAAAACUGGCUGAGGAGAUGAAGGAUACACUGAAAGAGCUGCUAACUGUGUGUUUGAAGGAAGCCAGAUCAAGCCAUGCGGGUCUGGACCCCAGCAAGUACCCAUCCCAGAUCUUGUGUUUGGCUGAGUACAUAAAAUUUACAGAGAACUGCGAAGAAGCCAUUCAGAAGAAUGGGCUGAGAGAUUUGCUGAAGGAGACAGAAACUCAGUUGGAGACAUACACAAGUGUGGAUCUGCGAGGCACAGACCAGAGCUCUGAAUCUUCAGCGCUGCAACUGAAACUGAAGGCUUUGAUCCUGGACACAAUCCACAACAUGGGUGUUCUUCAUGAGCUGAUCGAGGCAAGUGUCAGGUCUGUACAGGAAUGGCAAUGGCAGAAACAACUCAGAUACUACACACGCAAGGACGGACUGAGUGUCAUUAGGAUGGUGGAUGCAGAGUUUGAGUACACCUUUGAAUACCAGGGCAAUGCUGCUAAACUUGUGCACACACCACUGACAGACAAGUGCUACCUGACUCUGACACAAGGUAUGCACAUGGGUCUUGGAGGCAACCCUUAUGGUCCAGCAGGAACUGGAAAAACAGAGUCGGUGAAGGCUCUUGGGGGAUUGUUUGGAAGGCAGGUGUUGGUGUUCAAUUGUGAUGAGGGCAUAGAUGUGAAGUCUAUGGGGAGAAUCUUCAUCGGUCUGGUCAAGUGUGGAGCCUGGGGCUGUUUCGAUGAGUUCAACCGUCUGGAGGAAGCUGUCCUGUCUGCGGUGUCCAUGCAGAUCCAGCUGAUCCAAGAUGCCAUCAAGAAUAGAACUCAUUCUGUGGAGCUCCUGGAAAAACAUGUGAACAUUGACCAUAACUCGGGGAUUUUCAUCACCAUGAACCCUGCUGGUAAAGGUUACGGAGGUCGUCAGAAACUCCCAGACAACCUAAAGCAGCUCUUCAGGCCUGUUGCCAUGUCUAAGCCGGACAAUGACCUCAUUGCUGAGGUCAUCCUUUUCUCAGAAGGCUUCAAACAGGCGAAAAAUUUGGGCCGCAAACUUGUCAGCAUUUUCAACCUGUCAAAGGAGCUGCUGACCACACAGCAGCACUACGACUGGGGACUCAGAGCUCUGAAGACGGUAGUCAGUGGUUGUGGUCACUUGCUGCAGAAUGCACGACGGACUGGACAAGGCAACAAGAUGGACAGUGCUCUGGAGGCUAAACUGGUUGUGCAGGCCCUGAGAAUCAAUACCUUGUCCAAACUGACCUUCUCGGACGGCUUCAGGUUUGAUUCCUUGGUCAAGGAUGUCUUUCCAGGGAUUGAGUUCAAGGACAUUGAAUACGAGACCCUGGGGACAGCAUUCAGAGAAGUGUGUGCCGAACAUAACCUCAUUGUUAACGAGAAACAGGUGAAGAAAGCCCUAGAGCUGUAUGAGCAGCUUCGACAAAGAAUGGGUGUAGUUAUCGUGGGACCAAGUGGGUCUGGAAAGACAACCCUCUGGAAGAUUCUGCGUCUGGCAAUGAUCAAGCUCGGCAGAGAGGUCAAGCAGUAUGUGAUGAACCCCAAAGCAAUGCCAAGGACACAGCUCCUUGGCCAUAUUGACAUGGACACAAGAGAGUGGACAGACGGAGUACUCACCUACAGCGCAAGACAAGUGGUCAGGGAGCCUUUAGAGGUACAAUCUUGGAUAGUGUGUGAUGGUGACAUUGACCCAGAAUGGAUUGAGUCCUUGAACUCUGUCCUUGAUGACAACCGUCUGCUGACCAUGCCAUCCGGGGAGAGAAUCCAGUUUGGUUCAAAUGUGAAUUUUAUAUUUGAGACCCACGAUCUGAGCUCGGCUUCCCCGGCCACCAUCUCUCGUAUGGGCAUGAUUUUCUUGAGCGAUGAAGAUGUUGACGUCAAGGCUCUGGUCUCUUCCUGGCUGAAGUCUCAACCUGAGAGUGAGCAGCACUUGUUGUCCGGCUGGGUGGAGGAUUACUUCUAUCGCGGACUGCAGUGGGUGCUAAAACAGAAUGACUGGGUUGUGGAGACAAGUCUUGUGGGUACUGUGCUCAAUGGUCUCUCCCAUCUGCACCACAUCAGCAACAAGGCCCAUUUCGCUGUCAGUUUAAUCCGUGGUUUGGGUGGAAACCUCAGUGAAGGAUCUAGGGAGGUGUUUGCCAAGGAGGUUUUCUCUUGGACGAAUGAGAUGCCACCUGACCAGCGACGCCCACUGGACACCUACUUUGAUUCUACACUUGGCAGACUGAUGCAGUACAACACUGAGCCAGGCACAGAGCUGAACGCAGAGAGCUUCCUGUCGUCCAUGUCUCUACCAGUCGUCCCUACGGGAGAUGUUCAGAGAGCUCUAGAUUACUUCCUGCCAUGGUUGAACAGUGAUCACAGACAACCUUUUAUCAUCUGUGGGCCUGAAGGAUGUGGCAAAGGACUUCUCCUGCGCCACAGCUUUGAGCGACUAAGAUCUACUCAGUUGGCGAUGGUUCACUGCAGUGCACAGACCAGUCCUGCCCACAUCCUUCAGAAGCUGAGCCAGAUGUGUAUGGUCAUCUCCACCAACACUGGACGUAUGUACAGACCCAAGGACUGCGAGCGUCUCAUCCUUUACCUUAAGGACAUCAACCUGCCCAGGCCUGACAAGUGGGGUACCUGUCAGAUGAUCGCAUUCUUGCAACAGGUUGUGACCUACAAUGGGUUCUACGACUCCAACCUGGAGUGGGUGGGUCUGGAAGGGGUCCAGAUAGUAGCCAGCAUGACCGCUGGCUCAACACUGGGCAGACACAAGCUGACGACUCGGUUUACCUCUGUGGUUCGCAUCUGCAAUGUUGGCUACCCAGACCGUGAGCAGCUGCAGGUGAUCUAUUCUGCCUACCUGAAGCCCAUCCUGCACAGGCAUCUGGCCACACACACAAUCUGGGGCAGCUCUUCCAAAGUCCACGCCCUGGCCGGCAGUAUGAUCCAGCUGUAUGAACAGUUGAGAUCCAGAUUCACUGUUGAUGACUACAACCAUUACCUGUUCACGCCACGUGACCUCACCAGCUGGGCAAUGAGUUUCCUCCGCUACGACCUCGGUGGCAGUUCAAGAGAUUCUGCUGACACAGUUUUAGAAAUCUGGGCUUAUGAAGCACAUAGGCUGUUCAGGGACAAAAUUGUGGGCUUGGACAAUCGCAGCAAGUUCGACAACAUGCUCCAGUCCGUCCUUCGUUCUGACUGGUCAGAGGAUGUUCUGAACAACCUCAACAAUGCUUAUUAUGUGACCUGGGGAGCCAGAGCAGAAUCGGGAGCUUCUGGAAUCGGAGCUGGUGCACCUCUUCCACCAUUUGGAAAACCUCUGGGCAAACUCUCAGAGGAUGAUCUGAAAGCUGUGAUUGAGAAGGGCAUCAGGAUCUACAGUCGUGAGAAUAGGGAGUUGGACAUUCUGAUUUUCCGUGAGGUUUUUGACAACAUGGCCAGGGUGGACAGAGUGCUGACCAAGCCAGGUGGUUCCCUGCUGAUGGCUGGUCGCAGUGGGGUGGGUCGCAGAACUGCUGUCAGUGUUGUAGCUAACAUGCAUCUGAUGAAGGUGUUUUCUCCUAAAGUGUCUCGCAGUUAUGGAGUCAAGCAGUUUAGAAUGGAUCUUAAAAAUGUGAUGCAGACGGCAGGGAUAGAUGGUGAACAGGUAGUUCUCUUGCUGGAAGACCACCAGUUGGUGGAGCCUCAAUUCCUGGAGCUGAUCAACAGCCUGCUCUCAGCAGGAGAGGUCCCUGGUCUUUACACACAGGAAGAGUUAGAGCCCUUGCUGGCUCCACUUCGAGACUUAGCCUCAGAAGUUGGUUUUAGAGGCACAUUGAUCAGCUUCUUUGCUUCCCGAGUGUUGAACAACCUGCACAUUGUGCUGCUGAUGGACUGUCUCAGCAGCAGUUUCACUGUCAACUGUGACAGCAACCCAGCCCUGUACAAGCAGUGCUGCGUGCAGUGGAUGGAGAACUGGAGCAGGGACAGCAUGCUGAAGGUGCCAAAAAUGAUGUUAACUCGGCCACCUAAACAAGAAGGGGGCACCAUCGGUGAGCAGAAAGCCCACAAGAAAAAGUUGUCUGGAGGCGAGGACAUGCUCAAGUGUUUCCUGCACAUCCAUGAGUCCUGCAAUGCCAGCCCCCGGCGCUACAUCAUGUUCUUGAACACCUACAUGUCUGUCUACGAGAAGAAGAAGAGCAGCAUUCUGGAGAAGCAGAACCACCUGCAAACUGGUGUGUCUAAACUGAACGAUGCCAAGUUGCUGGUGGAUGACCUGAAGAAGAAAGCUGGAGAGCAGAGUGUACAACUGGCAGAGAAACAAUCAGAAGCUGAUGCCGCCCUCAGAGAGAUCACUAUGGCCAUGCAGAAUGCAGGAGACCAGAAAGUUGAGAUGGAGGAGCUGAAAAGGAAGGCUGCAGAGGAGAACAGAAUCUUAGAAAAAAGGAAGGCAGCCAUCGACCAAGAGAUGGCUCAGGUGGAGCCACUGGUGCAGGAAGCACGUAAAGCUGUGGGCAGCAUCAAAACAGAAGCUCUGUCGGAGAUCAGAGCACUUCGGGCACCUCCUGAUGUCAUCAGAGAUAUUCUGGAGGGUGUUCUGUGUCUGAUGGGUAUCUUUGAUACUUCUUGGGUCAGCAUGAAGAGUUUCCUAGCCAAGAGAGGAGUCAAGGAAGAGAUACAGACUUUUGAUGCAAGAAAGAUUACCCCAGAGAUUAGAAAAAAUGCGGAGGAGUUACUGAGACGAAACAGAGAUUCAUUUGAUCCAAAGAAUGCAAAGAGAGCGUCGCAGGCAGCGGAGCCGCUGGCAGCCUGGGUGAGGGCCAAUGUGCAGUACUCUUAUGUCCUGGAGAAGGUGGAGCCUCUGGAGCAGGAGCAGAAUGAGCUGAGAAGCCAGGCUGUUGGGGAGGUUGACCGUAAAGUGGCUUCCCUGAGAACCAGGUUCGAAACUCUCACCAAAGAAGCUGCAGAACUGAAGAUCAAACUGGACAAGGAGAAUGAGACCAUAGAGGCUGCUGAAACAUUGGUGUCCAAGUUGGAGGGAGAGUACCGCCGCUGGAAUCAACAGGUGGGUGAACUCUCAUCAGAGCUUGAAGUGUUGCCCAGGAGAGCUCUGCUAGCUGCGGCGUUCAUCACUUAUCUUUCUGCUGCUCCUGAAGAUGAAAGGCGGGAGUUCCUGCGACAGUGGCAGAGUGUUGUAGGAGUGGAUAAGUUCGACCUCCGACAGUUCCUGUCUACAGAAAGUGAACAGCUCAUCUGGAAGAGUGAGGGGUUACCAUCAGAUGACCUGUCUAUGGAGAAUGCAUUAGUCAUUUUACAGAGUUCACAGCGGCCAUUUUUGGUUGAUCCAUCUUCAAGAGCGACAGAAUGGCUGAAAGUUCACCUCAAGCAGAACCGACUGGAAGUCAUCAACCAGCAGGAUGCAAACUUCAGCACUGCCUUAGAGCUGGCUGUCAGGUUUGGCAAGACGUUAAUCAUACAAGACGUGGAUGGAGUCGAACCUAUUCUGUACCCACUGCUCCGAGGAGAUCUCACCGCCCAAGGGCCCAGGUAUGUGGUGCAAGUUGGCGACAAGGUCAUCGACUACAAUGAAGAGUUCCGGCUGUUCCUGGCCACCAGAAACCCCAAUCCUGAAAUUCCUCCUGAUGCAUCAUCCAUUAUUACAAAGAUCAACUUUACAACAACCAGGGCUGGCUUGACCGGACAGCUGCUGGCAAGCACCUUGCAGCAUGAGAAGCCAGAGUUGGAGGAGAGGAAGACUGAACUGUUGAGGCAGGAGGAGGAGCUGAAAAUACAACUGGCCAAGUUGGAAUCCACUCUACUGGAGGAACUGGCCAGUGCCAAGGGAAACAUCCUAGAGAACAAGGAGCUGCUGGACUCACUGAACAAGACUAAAGCCAGCAGCAUCACAAUCACAGACUCGCUGACAGAAUCCGUCCGACUGCAAGCCUCCUUGGACCAGGAGCGCAACACCUACCUGCCUCUGGCCGAGAGCGGAAGCUGCCUGUUUUUUGUCAUCUCAGACCUGGCCAAGAUCAACAACAUGUACAGGUUCUCCUUGGCCUCCUUCCUCCGGUUGUUUCAGAGAGCACUACAGGCCAAACAUGAUGGCAGUGGGACUGAGCUGAGAAUCAAGACUUUGAACAGCAAGCUUCUGAUGCUGGUCUACCAGUACGUGUGCCGCUCCCUGUUUAAGGCCGAUCGCAUGAUGUUUGCCAUGCACUUGGUCCAUGGCUACAGACCAGAAAUCUUUGAGGAAAAUGAGUGGGAAGCCUUUACUGGCAUGCUGGUGGCAGACGUCAAAGGUGAUGGGGCCAAGACUCCAGCCUGGGUGGAUCAGGAGAGGCAGUCUGCAUUCACGGCUUUCAAGGCAAACUUUCCGAGACUGUGUCAGAGCUUGGAUCUGGAAGAUUCCGGUCUGUGGUCAAACUUCUCACGCAGCAGUCAGUGUGAGCUGGAGUUCCCAUCAUCCAUAGAGAAGAGGAUAUCCUUGUUUCAACAAGUACUGGUGGUUCAGACCUUCAGACCUGACCGACUUCUGAGUGCCAUGAGUGUGUUUGCCUGCCGGGCUCUCGGCAUGAAAGAACUCUCACCUCCAUCGGUCACUCUGAAAAAGCUCCACCUGGAGUCCAUCCCGACAGAACCCAUACUGGUCAUCAUCUCCGCCGGAGCCGACCCUUCACAGGAGCUGCAGGAAAUGGCAGCAGAAGUUGUUGGCAUUGAGAGAUACCAUCAGGUGGCCAUGGGCCAGGGACAAGCAGACGUGGCUCUGAAGCUGCUCCGAGAGUGCUCCAAGAAUGGAGAUUGGCUGUGUCUGAAGAAUCUGCACCUGGUCACAACAUGGCUUCCUGUUUUAGAGAAGGAAAUCAAUAUCAUGACUCCACACAACGAUUUCCGCCUGUGGCUGACAUCAGAAGUACAUCCAAAGUUCCCGACCAUCUUGCUUCAGUCGAGUCUCAAGGUCACCUAUGAGUCACCACCUGGCAUCAAACGCAAUCUCAUGAGAACUUACGAGAGCUGGACACCAGAAUAUGUCGCCCGUGGAGGUGAUGUGUCAAGGUCACAAGCCCUGUUUGCCUUGGCCUGGUUCCAUGCAGUUGUCCAGGAGCGCAGAAUGUACAUUCCCCAAGGCUGGACUAAAUUCUAUGAGUUCUCAACAUCAGAUCUCCGAGCUGGAGCAGACAUCAUUGAUAGGCUUUGUAAAGCAGGCCAGGACUCUAUACGGUGGAAAUUCAUACAUGGUCUGUUUGAGUUUGCCAUCUACGGAGGCCGAGUGGACAACCCGUUUGACAUGAGAGUUAUGGUGUCAUACCUGCAGCAGUUUUUCAGCGCCUCAGUCAUUUCCCAGCAAGGCAAGAACAAGAGGCUAGGUCCUUGUAAGCUGCCGGUGUCGACCAAUAUCAGGGACUACAUGGACGUGAUAGAGGGCCUGCCAGAGUUUGACAAACCUUCUUACUUUGGGUUGCCAGAGAACAUUGAAAGGUCAACCCAGAGAAUCACCAGCAUGCAGGUGGUGACGCAGCUGCGUGUGCUCCAGAGGUUAGACUCCAAGGCUGUCAAGUUUGACAAGGAGGUUUGGGCAACUGAGCUUGGACCAAUACUGAGCUUGUGGAAGAAACUCAACCAGGGCCACAACUUGAUUCAGUCAAAAGUAUCGCCUCCAUCAGAGAAGGACAGCCACAACUCUCCGGUGCUGACCUUCAUCUUGUUGGAACGCUACAACUCUGUCAAGCUGGUCCAGUCAGUCCAUGCUUCUCUGGCCGCCCUCAGCAAGGUUAUCAGGGGCACACAACUCCUGACAACAGAUGUACAGAAUCUGGCGGCUGCUCUACUCAACCAGGAG